AUGACCAAUACUUCAUACUAUUCGUACGACGUGGAAUCAGACAAAUUUGUCACGAAAAGCACAUUGGUGAGUUUUUCUUUCCGAAUGAACAUCUUUAAAUCCAAAAAGAACCAAAGAACGAGUUUCUAGGGAAAAGAUCUGUUUUAUCCUUUCAAAAGCGAUGAAAAAAAUUGAAUCGAAAGAAAGGCUGAUUCUUGAAAAAGAAGCUUAAAAACCUAUACCGCAUUUUUUUUUUUGAAAAACUGAAACAAUUUAUAUACUUUUUCAAAACGGUCUCAAAAAAUUCUUUCAAAGCUUGUCUAUAACUAAAAUAUAUUUCAGAGCAGCGCCACAGUCUAUAGUAUUUUACUAAAUUUUGUCAUAUUCGUAAUAUUAUUAAAUUGCUUUGUAAAUAUGGCUGCGAUUUUCAAGUUAUACUCUUCGGACCUCCAAACGAGGAAAAAAGUUGAAGUCAACUUGUUUCUGAUGACUUUUGUCUCGUUUAUUGUCGAAGCCUUCGCCGGUGUAACAGUGGUGAAUUUUUUUUGUUUGUUAGAGGAACCUAAAUUUUACCAUAUAGACGCGCGGAGGAAGAAUAAAAAUAUAUAGCCGAUUCACGGCUAACUUGGGACGCUGAGAAGGCGUGCCGUGUCUGCGCUCUCCACCAACGAGGAAGUAUCUCUUUUAUUACCGUGUCAGGACUCUUUUUUCGAUGGCUCAAGUCAGCCGUGAAUCAGCUAUAUACACGAAAAUAACUUUAUUCAAAAAACACCUCCUUUGAACAGACGAGGAAGUUGAAUGAGCCGUUAUCACUUUUGGUUAUCGAAAUGAGUUGAUUGGAAAUUUCAAAAACAUAGAUAUUUGACGUUCAACGGCAACACGAUGUUUAACGGAUAAGAAAAUCGAAAAAAAAAGAAAGAUAUUUAUUGAAAAAAAAGAAAAACGAAUGCUCAAAUGCUUGAUAGGUGAAUCGAGGGUAUCGCGAUACCCUCUGAGGUAUGUUGCAGGGUCUGAAGUCUCACGAUGGUACCUCGAGUAUACCUUUGAGAAAUUUGAGCAAAAUGAGAAGACUCGAGGGAGACUCUCAAGUACCUCCGAUAAGGCUCAGAUGGAGCUAAAAGGUAUGCUGGAGGUCUCACGAUGAGGUCUUCACGCUCCAUUUUGAUAAGUACCUUUGUGGACACAUUAUGGUACCCUCCCGAUUCGCCUGGGCAUUUUCAAAAAAGUUCAAAAGUCAACUUUUAAUUAAAUUAUACUUGUCGAAAUUGCGAAGUUUAGAAUAUUUUUACUCUAAAAAGAUUUUUUUAAAAAAAUAUCAUAGAAACCGAUUGAUGAUCACAAAAAAAUAAUUUUUUUAGCUUAAAAAAAUCGUUUUUCGGGAAUUUCGAAAUGAAAAAUUUACAUCUCCACCACCAUGAUUCAAAGAGAUAUAAUAAAAAACAAUUGAAGGUCCUGAAUCGCUUAAUCGCCAGUGAUUCCGAUCAGGUGUGGACGACGAUUAGGAAAAUUGUCCAAAUUUUACUUCCGUUCGCCAGCGAUUUACUCACUUUUUCUAUUCCCUACACGGUUCUGUUCUGCAGUUCAAAGGUGAGAAAAGAAUUUCGUUCAAAAAAUUAAAUUAAGACUUGAAGCUUCGUCGAAAGAUGAAGCUAUUGCCAAAGGCUUUUCGAAUCACGCCAAUAUCACCAGUUAUCACGGGAGUUACGCCGUUGGAGCGACGGAUCUGA